UAACACACAAGGCAGAGCUACAUCCCCAGGGAGACGAGCUCACAGUGGGAAGCACGGCCUGGCUCCUAGGCUCAGAACAGAAUGUGUCACUGGUGACAUCACAGAGCAGAGCCUAGUAACCGUGGCGGCCCAGGGGCCACUCGGGCCAGGGCCAGCUGGAGGGCUCAGCACUGCCCAAGCCAACUCUCGCCCACAGCAGUGGCACAGAGCAGCAAGAGUGGUUUUGGAUCAUGAAGCACCACUUGAAAGACCUACGAGGAGGAGAGUCCACGACUGAUAGGACCACCCCCAGCGUGACCAGCCUGGGGUCCGCGGAGGGCAGUCUGGGAGCAUUAUGGCCAGGGACCACAGAGGAGCCGGUGCUGGCCCGCGCGGAGGACUUCUCCUCCAGGACUCCGUGGCACAUCCCGCUGGGCUGGAGCCGCUCUUCACCCUCUGCGUCUUCAUCCUCGUAUCAUUCCUACUCUCCGCGACCUUCUAGCCACCUGACCCCGCGCGGAGACCGGGACCCCGGCCCGCGGAGCGUGCCCGCGCUGUACACCCGUGUGCAGACCGUGCGCGGCGUGGCCGUGGCCUGGGAGACCGAGGCCGGCUUCGCGCCCAUCGGCAGCCAGCCGCGCAUCCGUGAGGCCCAGUUUCUGGGGCGGCAGCGGCAGUGGGGCUCCUCCUUCGAGGUGGCCUCCAACACCGAUCUGCGUGGGGACCUGGAGGCCUGCGGCGACGAGCACGAAGGGGAGCCCGAGGAGGACGCUGGGCGCGAGGACGCGGAGCUGGAGCAGGAGCUGCGCGAGCCUCCGGACUCGCUGGUCACCACCAGACACGGGCUGCGCUGUGUGGCCUGCUGCCGCGUCUUCCCCUCGCUGCCCGCGCUGCUGGAGCACGCGCGGCACGGCAUCCAGGAGGGCUUCAGCUGCCAGAUAUUUUUCGAGGAGAUGCUGGAGAGGCGGCGCGCGCGGGGUCAGGUGCAGGACCUGGAGUCGGAGGACGGCAAGCAGCCUGGCCAGGAGGAGGGCAGCGAGCAGCGUGCCUUGUCCCAGGGGGAGGACCCUGGGUCUCGCCAGCAGCAAGAGUGAAGCGCAAGGGUGCGUCCCUGACCCUCUAUCCAGCACCCCCGGGUCCCUCUUCCGGCCAGCAGGAUCAGAGCCUGGGCGCAGGGGGAUGGAGUCUCUCCAGGGGCGCAGCAUUUCAAAGACCCCAGAGCCAAGAAGAGGGCUUGGAGUGUCUUCCACCGCGCAGAAGCGGAGACAGCACAAGCCUCGGGGGCUCUGAUUUUGCAGGAGGGGCUCUACAGUUUCCCCGUUUGCUGUCCAAGAAGUGGAUCCCAGGCGAGCCCACUGCAAAUGAAGCUUCAGCCCUAUUUUUACACUGUUAGGAAUCCGCCAUUUGCCUGAGUGCUAUUCUUAU